CCGCCGCGCUGGGACCUCCUCCGCCACCGGCAGCACGUGCGGGCUUUGCUCCGCCCCCUCCGGUGCACGUCGCGGGGAAGUCCCGCCCCUUCCGGCGUCACGUGCGCGGCGGGGCCGCGGUGCCGGGGCGGUGCGGCAUGGGGGUCACCUGCGUGUCGCAGGUGCCGGUGGCGGAGGGGAAGAGCGUGCAGCAGACGGUGGAGCUGUUGACGCGGAAGCUGGAGCUGCUGGGGGCCGAGAAGCAGGGAACGUUCUGCGUGGACUGUGAGACCUACCACACGGCCGCCUCCACCAUCAGCAGCCAAGGGCAGACAGGCAAGCUGAUGUACGUGAUGCACAACUCGGAGUACCCCCUCAGCUGCUUUGCUCUCUUUGAGAAUGGUCCCUGCCUCAUAGCAGAUGCCAACUUCGAUAUCCUCAUGGUGAAACUGAAAGGCUUCUUCCAGAAUGCCAAGGCCAACAAGAUAGAGAGCCGAGGCACCCGCUACCAGUACUGCGACUUCCUGGUGAAGGUGGGCACGGUUACCAUGGGCCCCAGUGCCCGGGGCAUAUCUGUGGAGGUGGAGUACUGCCCCUGUGUGAUAGCCAACGACUGCUGGAACCUGCUCAUGGAGUUCAUGCAGAGCUUCAUGGGGAACCACACUCCUGGCAUCCCUUCUGUGUUCAGCACCAAGCACGACAGCAUCUACAGCCCAGCAGACACCGUGGUGCAGUACAUGGAGCUGUUCAACAAGAUCCGCAAGCAGCAGCAGGUUCCUGUAGCAGGGAUCAGAUGAAAGGACUCCCUGGAGCUCAGUUUGCAGCCACUGCAGCCUCCUUUCUGACUGCCCCUCUUCAUCAGGAGCCCCUCCAACACGUGACACUGGAGGCAGCCCAAGGGUUUUGGUUUUUUUUUGUCUUCUCAAUCUCUUUCCCCUGUUUCAAAGCCAAAGUCUUGAAUGUUUGGCACAUUUCUUGUUGCCUUCCUUCAGGGGUUUGAGUGUCUGGGACCAGGCCUUCAGUUCUGCUGGUUCUUUAUGCAUUGCUUCAUCUGCAGGAGAGGAAAAAGGAGAAAUCCCAGCCCAGUGUGUGCACAAGGGCAGCGUUUCCUUGCCUGCAAAGAGCUGUGUGAGAGGUUUACAUCUGUGGGUGAAAGUGUCUUGUCAUUUUUCAUCCAAAUAAAAAGCUGUUCCUUUUUGUGAGCAGUUGGGAGUCUUGCCACACAGCAAGAGUGCUGCUGCCUGGUGUUGUGUGUUUGCAGCUGCUGAGGUUUGCUCUUGCGUGGAGACAGUUACUCAGCAGAAUUUUAUCUCUGCUUUGGUUCAAGAGCUUGAUACCCCUGAAGCAAACCUCAUUUCCCUGUGGCAAAAUCUGCAGCAAUUCUUGUGUGGGUAUCAUCUUAGCUUGCCUUCAGCUUUUUUUAUCUGAUGGGAGUAUUAAAAUCUUCCACCUCUCGGAUGAUGCUGAUGAAACCUGGUGAUAAAUAAACAAAUGAGCCUGG